AUGGCCGUUGCGCGAGCCUCUUCCGACCGCUCCGACGUUGAGCAUGUCUCCCCUGAGAAGGAGUCCGUCGUUCAUGACGAGUUUCAACGCGAUGGCGGCAUGAGACCUGAAGAUGUUGAGUUUCUCGCCAACUUCUCGGAGGAAAGUAAGAAGAAGGCCGUUCGUAAGGUCGAUUACCGCCUCAUCCCGAUGCUGGUGCUUCUUUACCUCAUGGCCUACCUUGAUAAGACAAACAUUGGCAAUGCCAAGAUCGAAGGGUUGCUCGAUACUCUCGGCAUGACUGGCGUAGAAUACAAUGUGGCUGUCUCUGUCUUCUUCAUCCCUUUCGUCCUAGCCGAAGUCCCGAGUAACAUGGUCCUUCACCUCUUCAAGAGGCCCUCGCUUUACAUUGGCGGCAUCGUUACGUGCUGGGGCAUUGUCAUGACGUGCAACGGUGUCGUUCAGAGCUACGGUGGUCUGAUCGCAGUGCGAAUCUUUCUUGGGCUCUUCGAGUAA